CUUGCAGAUAAAUUGCCUUAUGUUCUUUAUAAGUGAAUCACAACUUGCUGUAUCUUUUGAAACGUAUAUCAGUCGUGAAGCCAGCAUUUCUGAGGAUGCCAAGAGAACAUCAUCAUUCCAGGCGUUGCGGCAUUUAUACUCAUACUGCCUGGCACGGUAACACUCCUUUUAAACUAAUUAGAUUUGAUGAGAAACAUGUUAAUGUGGAAGUAAGAAAUUACAUUAACCAACAAAAAAUUUUUAACCGUAAUUGUUCGUUUUUAUGUCACCUAUGUAUAAAUCAAAUACAAGAUAUAAUAAAUGAAUUAUCAUCGCCAUCACCUCCAAAACAGAGAAGGUUGAACAUUGAUAAUGACUAUGAAAUGAUGGUCAGAAAUCAUGAUGAUAAAACACAACAAGAUGAAACAAAUAAAUUAAACGAUGCAAUUGAUUUAAUAUGUGAAGCAUUAAAAACCAAUUCAUUAUCCAUUGAGCAAGAAAUGAAGUUAUUUUCGUCUUUUAGCGAGAACAUCAAAAUAAAAUGUAAAAAUGAUGAUAUUCUACGCACACUAUUAUUCAAUACAACACCACGAGCGUUCGCCACAUUAGAUGUUGCCACAUUUUUAAAAUAUAUUCCAAAUUCUAUUUUUUCAUUUCUUCAACAAUUAUUAAACAACAAUGAUGAUUUAAAUACAAUCGACGAUAAUACUGCACAACGUAUCAAUUACAGAACAUGUAAAAUUUACGAAUUAAUUUAUUCUGGAGUAAAUGGGUUUUGUAUUAUGCCAUUCUCAUUUACCGAAUCAUUGAUGAUACAUACAUUAACUGGUUCAAAACUGGCAUCCACAAUAUUAAGUCAAACACAAUCGAGUGGAAGUUACAAAACCAUAAAUCGAUGGUACAAAAAAUACGGGAAAAUCGAAAAUGAAGUACCAGAUGGGGAUAUAGAGUCAUCAUUUGAUAACAACCAGACUAUUUCCAAAACCUAUAAUAUAGUCAAUGAAAAAUCAUCUCUUUUAAGUAUAUGUACAACUGUUAUCCAUAGUAUUGUUAAACCAACAGUCGAUUUACAAGCAAAAAAUUUCACACUGAAUCAAUGGUGUAACGAAGCUAAAAUAGUCAAUAUCUGUAAUGACAUGAUCGUCGACAAUAAUUCAGUUGAAAUGAGCAAACAAUCAAUCAUGUCAGAAUUAUUAAAUCGUACUCCAGUUUUGAGAAAAUAUUUACAAAAGUUUAUUGAAUCUUUAACACUAAUAGUGGAACAACAGUUAGCUGUAAAUAAUAAGGCUACUGUUCGUUUAUCAAAUAUUUUCGAUAAUUUACCAUCAUUUCAUAAAAAUGAAAAACGCCAUGUCUCGAUCGGUGAACCAUACAUUAUUAAUCCUGCAUCGUACGAAAAUAUAUUACACAUAUUACGAGAUUUGAAAAAGCGAUGUACAGAAAAGAGCUCGAUUCGAAAGUGGAUUACAGUUACGGUAGAUGGUACACCUUAUUGCCUAGGUCAUAAAUUAUUAAUUAGUCAGUUAGAAUGUGAUUGUUGUGCCUUUAAAUGUACAAAGCAUCCUGACUUAAUACGACAUUUUGAAGACGAACAUAAACAAAUAGCUAAAUCGAAUGACAAAUUUUACUUUACUGAACUGAAUUGUCUAUUGUUACGUCCAGGAUUGGGUCAUAUAGAAAUGAAUUCAUGCCGAACAUUUAUGAACUUCAACUGUGACAUUUUCAUGUCUGCUUUAGGCGAAACAUUAAAAUUUAAGUCGGACCGGGCGAAAGCCUAUUUUCGUUCUUGUUCCGAUCAUCACAAAACAAUUGAUUCCUUAGCUGUCGCUCUGUACGGCAACACGUUUGAAUUAAUUUAUCAUCAUAUAAAUUCAUUUAAAAGAACAUCAACUAUAAAAUUUUUAUUUGAAACAUUGAUGAAAUGGUUAGAUAGUAAAACAACCAAUGUGAAUAUGAAAUUUUAUAGUCAAGUAACAUUGUUGUGGUUAUUCACGAUAUUUGCAUUUCGAUCUGCUACUCGAAAAAAUAACUAUCGAUUGUUAGACGAAACGAAAAAAUUACUGUCCAUAUUUUUUUUUACAAGCAAACAUCCAAAAUAUCAAUUUGUAAUGGUAAAUGAUUAUGUUCUACGUCAAAUUAUGCCAGACGAGCUACGACAGUUUUAUCGAGAGAAUGAUGCUUAUAGUACAAGUGGAAAUACUCAAGAGUGCGAAGGACUUGAUUUUGUUCUCGAAAAUUACAACAAGAAAAUCAAAAAUUUACUGCCACCGGGACAACCGUCUGCUGAAACAUGGUUGAAUAUCAAUCAUAAUUUUGAUCUUUUGAGCGACAUACGUAAAAAUGCUUUUAACAAUUUGAAUUUAAAUAAACAAAAUAAUCAGACAAGGCAAAAACACAAUUUAUGCAGUGAAAUAGAGAACUGGCGUGUUCAAGUAAGAAAAAGUGGUGUUUUUAAACAAAAAGAACUAUGUGGUUUGGAUGGUACAGUAUUGAACAAGCGUUAUCAACAAUUCCUGACUCAAUCACUGUCAAAUCAAUCAAUAUACUUAAAACGUUAUUCAGAAGAACAUUUUCAUUUAUCAAAUAAGACAUGUGCGGGUCUAGAAUAUAUGAGUGACAGUGAUGAUCAGUAA